AUCUUCCUCCUCUCCUCACAGGCUCAUGGCGGGACGGGCUGGGCUUCAACGCGCUCAUCCACGCCCACCGCCCAGACAUCAUCAACUACAACUCCCUCGUGCAGAAGAACCACAUCGACAACCUUAACAACGCCUUCACGGUGGCCGAGAAUGAGCUGGGCAUCGCGAGUAUCCUGGACGCCGAAGAUGUGGACACCAGCAAGCCCGACGAGAAGUCCAUCAUCACCUACGUGGCGUCCUACUACCACACCUUUGCCCGCAUGAAGAAUGAGCUCAAAGGUUCAAAGAGGAUUGCCAACAUCAUCAGCCAGCUCAAGGAUGUGGACGACUCCAAGUUCAAGUACGAGCGCAUCGUCACGUCGCUGCUGGAGUGGAUUAUCCGGAAGAUCGUGGACCUCGACAGUCGGAAGUUCCCCAACUCCCUCGACGGCAUUCAGAAGCUCCUCAUCCAGUUCAAGAAAUACAGGACCGAAGAAAAGCCGCCCAAGUACAAGGAGAGGAGCGAGAUCGAGGCGUUGUUCUUCGCUAUCAACACCAGCCUCAAGGCCCUCAACCAACCCGUGUUCAUCCCCAAGGACGGGCAGCUGGUGCACGACAUUGAGCGAGAGUGGAACAAGCUGGAGAAGGCCGAGCAUAGACGUGAGGUGGCUCUCAGGGACGAGCUGCUGCGCCAGGAGAGGCUCGAGCAGCUGGCCUACAAGUUUGACAAGAAGAGUGUCCUGCGUAAGGGCUACCUGGAGGAGAUGAUUCAGGUGCUGAGUGAUCCGCGCUACGGCAGCAACUUGGCGCAGGUUGAAGCCACCGUCAAGAAGCACGAGGCCAUCAGCGCCGACAUCCUGGCUCGGCAAGAAAGAUUUGAGGACUUGACAAAAAUGGCAGACGAGUUGGACAUUGAGAACUACCACGGGAAGGAGGCCAUCCGCAAGAAGGAGAAGGACAUCCUGAAGAAGUGGAGCGACCUGCUGGACCUGCUCAACAAACACAAGACGCACCUCCGCAACUGCUGCAUCCUGGUGGCCAUCAUGCGCGAGGUGGACACCAUCACGGCCUCCAUAAAGGAACUUGAGGCAAACUUCUGCUCAGACGACGUUGGGCGCCACCUGCUGGCCGUGGAGGACCUGCUGCAGAAACACGCGCUCAUGGAGUCGCAGGUGCACUCCAUGGGGGAGACCAUCAAGCGCCUCAACAAGCAGGGCGAGGCGUGCAUCACCUCCAACCUCAAGGACGCGUCGCUGCUGCAGAAGAGGCUGGAGGAGCUGAACCAGGGCCAGCGCGCACUCCUGAAGAAGGCCGCUGAGAGGAGACUGAAGCUGGAGGAGGCGAGGGACCUGUUCCAGUUUGAGGUGGACAUGGAGGAGGAGGAGGCCUGGGUCAUCGAGAAGCAGAGGAUUUGCCUGGCCGGUGUGAUUGCCAAGGACAUCGGGGGCGUCAUCUCCCUCCAGCAGAAGCACAAGGCGCUGGAGGACGAGAUGUGCGCCCGCCGCCCCAAGUCUGAGAAGGUGAUGCGGUCCGGGGAGGCGCUGAUGAAGGCAAGCCACCCGGACUCCAAGGCCAUCAGCGAACGCAUCGAGGCCCUCAAGGAGAAGUGGAGGCAGCUAGAGCAGUACGCCAACGACCGCCGCCGCCAGCUGGAGGACGCCGCGGAGGCCUGCUCGUUCAACGCUGACGCCAAUGAGGCCGAGUCGUGGAUCAAGGAGAAGGUGCCGCUGUGUCAGUCCAAGGAUUACGGCGAGGACGAGCCAAGCGGCCUCGCCCUCCUGCAGCUCCACGCGCGCCUCGAGGAGGAGAUCAAGUCUUACGAGGGGGACAUCAAGGCCAUUAACUUCCAGGGCCAGAAGCUCAUCAAUUCCGGCAUAUCCACCCUGAAUUUGUCAGCGCAGCAGCAGAGUGUUGGCGAGGACGAUGAGUACGAGUGGGUGGAUGAGGUGAAGAUGGUGCCGCAGGAGGUGAUGGUGGAGGAGGUGGUGGAGAAGGUGGAUGAGGUGUUUGUCACGGAGCAGAGGGAGGUGCCCACGGUCAUUGCCAGAUACCCCUUCCAAGGCCAGGGCAUGAACAUGGCUAAAGGCGAGACCAUGUUCCUUCUCAGCAAGACCAACAGCGACUGGUGGAAUGUGCGCAAGUCCAGUGGCGAGGAAGGCUUCGUGCCGGCCAACUACAUCCGGGAGAGUGAGCCGCAGAGGAUCAAGGUGCGCGUCAAGAAGGAGGUGAAGGUGCCGGAGAAGCGCAUGGUGCCCCGGACGAGGAUGGUCAAGCAGACUGUGAGGGUCAAGAAGCGCAAGCCCAAAGCCCCGCCGCGCAGGCGAGGGUUCGAGGAGCCAGAGACGGUGGAGAAGCGCCUGCAGGCCAUCAACUCCUCGUACGCCAACCUGUGUGACCUGGCCAAGAAGCGACACCUGUACCUGGAGGAGUCAAUCAAGCUGUUCUCCUUCAUGCGGGAGUGCCACGGCUUCGAGAUCUGGAUGAGGGAGAAGGAGAAGCUGCUGCGGGUGGACGACAAGGGCGACAACGUGGAGGCCGCCAAGAAGAAGUUCGAGCAGUUCCUCACCGACCUCUCUGCCGCCAGCAAGAGGAUCGAGAUCAUUAACAAGAUGGUGAAGGACUUUGAGGACACCGGACACAGCCAGCUGGAGAAGAUCAAGAUGCGGCAGAAGCAGAUUCACGACCAGUGGGCCCACCUCAACAGGCUCAAGCAGCAGAAGGAGCAGAGCCUGGAGGGAGCGUCCAGCGUCGAGCUCUUCCACCGCACCUGCGACGAGACGAGGGACUGGAUGCUGGAGAAGAUGGAGAAGCUGGACACGGAUGAGCUGGGCCGCGACCUCAAGACGGUCCAGUCUCUGCAGCGGAAACAUGACCAGCUGGAGAGGGAGCUUGCCCCUGUGGAGGAGAAGGUGCGACGUGUAAACCUGCUGGCAGACUCUGUGAAAGCCUCGUACCCACGGGAGCGUCACGCCGUGGAGGCCCGGCAGGAGGAGGUGCAGCAGUACUGGGGGCAGCUGAAGGGCAAGGCCGUGGAGAGGAGGAACAGGCUGGAGGAGGCCGUGGGGCAGCAGAUCUUCCUCAACUCUGCCAAGAGCUUGCUGAACUGGGUCGGAGACGUGAAGAAUGAGCUCAACUCCAAUGAGCCCGCCCGGGACGUCACGACAGCAGAGAGUUUGCUCAAGAGUCACCACGAUCUUGGGGUGGACAUCCGGGCGCACCAAGAUGAGUUCAACGAGCUGAACCAACUUGGGGAGAAGCUGCUCAAGAGGAAUCCCGACUUUGCUGAAGUGAAGGAAAAGAACGCCCAGCUUGGGGAGGAGCAGCGAGCCAUACACCGCGGCUGGCAGGAGAAGGGUGACUGGCUGCGGCAGUGCAUGGACCUGCAGCUUUUCAACAGGGAGGCGGACCAGAUUGACGCCGCCACCAGCUCCCACGAGACCUUCCUGGACUACAAGGACCUCGGCGGCACACUGGAUGACGUGGAAGCCCUCCUGAAGCGCCACGAUGACUUUGAGAACACGCUGAUGGCCCAGGACGAGCGCCUCCGCACCUUCAGCGAGAUGGCCGACAAACUGAUCACUGCCGAACACUACGAGUCAAAAUACAUCAACGAGCGCAGGAACCAGGUGCGCGACAGGAGAGCCAUGGUGAAGGCGAGGGCCCAGAGCAGGCGCGAGGAGUUGAACGGGUCCGUGGCGUACCAGCAGUUCAAGGCUGACGCCGACGACUUCGACAAGUGGAUGGGAGACAAGAAGAAGAUGGCGGACGACGAGUCAUACCGAGACCUCACCAACCUGGAGAGGAAGAUCCAGAAGCACGAGGCGUUCGAGAGGGAGCUGCACGCCAACGAGGGGCAGCUGCGGCGCCUCAACAAGACCGGCCAGGACCUGAUCGGCAUGAAGCACUACCAGUCCCGGGACAUCAAGAAGACCCUCGACGACCUCAACCAGAAGUGGAAGGACCUCUGCUCCAAGACCGAGGACAAGGGGACCAAGCUGCGUCAGGCCAACAACCAGCACACCUACAACAAGGACCUCGAGGAGACGGAGAAGAACCUGGAGGCCCUGGAGUCUGCCCUCAACAAUAAGGAUGUCGGCUCAGACCUCCACUCCUGCAAGGACCUCAUGAAGAAGCAGAACAACCUGGACAGUGACAUGAACACAAUGGAGCGCAAGAUCAGCGACCUCUACAACACGGGCGACCAGAUGGUGCAGGACGGACACUUUGAUGCAGCGAACAUCAAGGCUUCCUGCGUGGCCGCCAAGGACAGAUUCAACAACCUGAAGGAUCCGGCAGCACGGCGGCGAGCGGCCCUUGAGGAGUCCUUGAGGUGGCAUGAGUUCAACUUUGAGGUGGAUGCUGAGAUGCAGUGGAUCAAGGAGCACAUGGCCCUGGCAACCUCCACCGUGUUGGGCCAGAACCUGCACGAGGCUCAGACCCUCAACAAGAAGCACGUCAAGCUGAAGGCCGAGAUUCAGGGUCACCAGCCACAGAUCAACAAGACGCUGGCCAAGGGGAAGAAGCUGGUUGGAGAGCAUCACCCCGAGAAGGCUCUGAUUGAGAAGAGGUGUGAUGAGCUCCAGGAGGCUUGGAACGACCUGCAGGCUGAGGCCAACGAGAGGAACCGGAAGCUGGAGCUCAACCUGAAGGCCCAGCAGUACUUCUUCGAGGUGACGGAGGUGGAGGCCUGGAUGAACGAGAAGAGAAACAUCCUGCAGACCAAGGACUAUGGCAAGGAUGAAGAUGUUGCAAGAAAGCUCCUCGCAAAACACAAGGCCUUGGAGCUUGAGAUGGACACCUACGGCGGCAUCGUGAAGGAGAUGGGCACGAUGGCCGAGUCCAUGAUAAAGUCUAGUCACCCGGAGUCAAAGAUGAUAAGGGACCGCCAGCAGAUGCUGAACCAGGAACUGAAGGACCUCCAGAAGUUGUCGGCACACCUGCGGCAGAAGCUGAUGGCCUCCAUGUACCGGCACGAGUACUUCCGGGAGGCAGAGGACCUGGAGAAGUGGAUCACCGAGCAGAUGCAGAUGGCCACCUCCGAGGACUUUGGCCACGACUAUGAGCACCUCCUGCUUUUGCAGGCCAAGUUUGAUGACUUUAAGCACCGCGUUGAGGCCGGCUCUGAGCGAUUCAAGCAGUGUGAUGAGCUGGCCAAGAAGCUCAUCGCCAACGAGAGCCCGUACUCGUCCGAGAUUGAGAGGAAGCAGGAAUUGCUGAGUAAGGGAAGCGCAUCUCCCUCUAAAACUCAAGAUCCCGCCACCCAGGUCACAGCGUACCAUACAAAAGUUCGGGCUGCCUGGAAUAGCCUUUUGGAGCACAUUGAGGCCCGUGACCAGAAGCUCGAAGCAGCCGGAGAGAUCCACCGAUUCAACCGUGAUGUUGCGGAGGCUCUGGCCAGGAUCCAGGAGAAGUUCAAGUCCAUCCCUGAGGACCUGGGCCGCGACGUGCACUCAGUCCAGUCGCUCCUCCGCAAACAUGAAGGCUUCGAGAAUGACCUGGUGGCCCUCGAGGCUCAGCUGCAGGUCUUGGUGGAUGACUCUGCCCGCCUUCAAGCUGCCUACCCCGGGAGCAACGCUGAGCACAUCGCGGAGCAGCAAGCGCUCGUGGUGGAGAACUGGAACGCCCUGCAGGAGAAGGCCUCAAAGCGCAAGGAAGAGCUGCUCGCUGCCACAGACCUUCAGAGGUUCCUGGCGCAUUCCCGUGACCUGAUCAGUUGGUCCAGCGACUUACGGGCGACAAUGAAGGCCGAGGAGAAGGUCAGUGAUGCCGCCAGCGCCCAGGGACUCAAGACGGAACACGAGCACAUCAAGGCGGAGAUUGAGGCACGUGAGGAAGAGUUCAGCAAGGUGGUGGAGUCCGGCGGUGCCAUGAUCGAGGAGCAGCACUACGCCAGCACCGAGGUGGAGGAGCGGGUCAACAAGGUUCUUGAGGAGAGGAGUCAGCUCCACGCCGCCUGGCAACACAAGAAGGUGUACCUCGACCAGCUGAUUGACCUCCACUUCUUCCUGAGAGACGCCAAGCAGCUGGACACCAUCAGCAGCUCCCAGGAGGCCUACCUCUCCACAUCAGACUUCGGCACCACCAUUGAACAAGUCGAUGCUCAGGUGAAGAAACACGAUGCCUUUGAGAAGCUUGUGCUGGCCCAGGAUGAAAAGCUCGACACCCUCAAGAACCACGGCGCUAAGCUGAUCGAGCAGAACCACUUUGACUCUCCCCACAUCAAGAAGCGGGUGGACGAGGUGGUGAAGCGCCGCGAGCGUGUCAAGGAGAACAGCAAGGUCCGCAAGUACCAGCUGGAGGAUGCUCUCCUCUAUGCCCAGUUCAUCCGGGAUGUUCGAGAUGCCAACAUGUGGAUUGACGAGAAGGCGAGCCACCUGGAUGCUGACAAGCUCAAGGGAGAGGUCACAAGCUUUGACGACAAGGUGCGGAAGCUGCAGAAGCACCAGGCGUUCAUGGCUGAACUCCAGGCCCAUGAGUGCAGCAUCAAGGAAAUAACUGACAAGGGAGCCAUGCUGAUCAACAAGCGGCACAAGUCCUCAGCACAAAUCAAGGAUGAGUUGGAUCACCUGGUGGAGCGCUGGACCCGCCUGGUGCUGGAUGCCGAGGGCCACUCCCGCGGCCUUGAAGAAGCACAGGAUAUCCUUGAGUUCAACACCCAGAUUGAGAAAGUGGAUGCUUGGAUCAGAGACAAGGAGAUGAUGGUGCAGGUGGGUGACCUCGGGAAAGACUACGAGCACUGCAUGGCGCUGCACCGCAAGCUGGAUGACGUUGACUCAGACAUGCGUGUGGAUGACGCAAGGUUCACCAACAUCAACAAGCUGGCCGACAAGAUCAUCAAGCAGGGCUGCAGCGACAACAAGGCCGUGCAGCAGAGGAAGAACGAGCUCAACCACAAGUGGCAGGCACUGAAGGGAGCCAUCGACAGGUACAGAGCAGACCUGGGCGGUGCCCUGGAGACGCAUGCAUUCAAUAGAGACGUGGACGACACGAAGGACCGCAUCAGCGAGAAGGCCGUGAUCCUGGCCAAUGAGGACACUGGAAAGGAUUUGACUCAGGUGGAGACGCUGCAGCGCAAGCAAGAAACGAUCAUCAGGGACAUGUCGGCCAUCGAGAAGAAGAUAAGACAGCACGAGAAAAAUGCCCACGACCUGGCCAGGAAGUACCCAGCCAAGAAGGAUCCAAUCCUCAGGAAGCAGUCGGAGGUCCUGGAGGCUUGGUCCCAGCUGUGUGAACGGUCUCUUGGCAGGAAGGACAAGCUGACCCUCUCCUACACGCUGCACAAGUUCCAGGCAGACCUCCGGGAGCUGGAGAGGUGGUGCGAGGACAUCGUGAGCCGCAUGAAUGCCUCGCCUCUCCCCAGCAACAGUGCUGAGGCUGAGAUGCUUCUGCAGAGCCACCAAGAAAUGAAGGUGGAGAUUGAUGCCCGGCAGGAUGUGUUCAGAGGUCUCCAUCAGUUCGGCAGUGACCUCAUUGCCAAAGACCACUUUGCCAAACAGUCCAUUCAACAGAACCUCGAGACAUUGGCAGAAAUUGAAAGCAAGGUGACUGUGUUCUGGGCUGAGCGGCAGAAGGUGCUGUCCCAGGCCCACCAGAUGCAGGUCUUCCUGGAGAUGACGGAGCAGGCCAAGUCGUGGCUGGCCAGCAAGGAGGCGUUCCUCAACAAUGAUGAUGUUGGGGACUCCUUGGCAUCGGUGGAAGAGCUGAUCAAGAAACACGAGGGCUUUGAGACGACAUUUGAGGCUCAAGGCAACAAGAUAGAGCAGCUCGAGGCCUUUGCCAAUGACUUGUUGAAGAACGACCACUAUGACAGUGACGGGAUCCGGCGGCGCCUCAAGGUGGUGGUAGAGAAGCGCAACACCCUCAAGGAGAAGGCGGCGCUCAGAGCUCAGAGGCUCCAGGAGUCCAAGUUGUUGCAGCAGUUCCUAAGAAAUGUGUAUGAAGUGGAGGGCUGGAUCUCCGAGAAGCUGCAGGUGGCAUGUGAUGAGAGCUACAGGGACCCAACCAACCUCCAGUCCAAGAUCCAGAAGCACGGAGCCUUUGAGGCGGAAGUUCUGGCCAACUCUGGGCGGGUGAUGGCCGUUUCCCAGGAAGGAGAAAGCCUCAUCACCAACGGCCACUACGCUGAGCAGGAGAUUCAGGCGCGCCUUGAUGGCCUGGACACACUCUGGAAGCAGCUACAAGAUUCAUCACUACUUAAGAAGGAAAGGCUCCAUGAAGCUUAUCAGGCACUGCUCUUCAACCGCACCCUUGACGACCUUGAGUCUUGGAUUGAUGACACUGAGAACCAGCUUCAGUCUGAGGACCACGGGAAGGACCUCACCUCCGUGCAGAGUCUCCUCAAGAAACACCAACAGCUUGAGGCAGACAUUGCGUCGCAUCAGAGUGAGGUUGACCAGGCGCGAGACGUGGCUCAGUCCUUUGCCACUGCCAACCACUUCUUGUGGGAGGAGAUUACCGACAGGGUGGAUAAAGUCACAAAGAGAUACAACUCCCUUCAUGAACCCGUCCACAUACGUCGUGAAAACCUGGAAGACGCCAUGUUGCUCCAGCAGCUCCUGAGAGACAUAGAAGAUGAGUUGCUGUGGGUGGCAGAGAAGGAGCCGCUUGCAGCCAGCCAGGACCUUGGUGCCUCCCUCACAGCUGUGCAAAACUUGCAGAAGAAACACCAGGCCUUGGAAGCAGAGAUCCAGUCACACGAACCUGUGAUAAGCACCGUCAACAGUCGGGCACAACAGAUGAUUCGAUCGGGUCACUUUGCAUCAGCCGACAUUGAAGUCAAGAUCAAGCAGCUGCUGAUGCAGUUGUCACAGCUCAAGGACACGGCAAGUCUGAGGCGGCUGAGGCUUCUGGAUGCUGUGGAAUCUCAGAUAUUCUACAGUGAAGUGAGCGAGGCAGAAGUUUGGAUGAAGGAGAAGAAGCCACUACUUGCAUCACAAGACUAUGGAAAGGAUGAACUGUCCGUGGGUGCACUGACCAAGAAGCUGGACAAUGUAGCGAGAGACAUGGAGGGCUUCAAGGCAACAGUCAACAAGCUGACAACACUCUGCUCCAAGCUGACGGAAAGGAAACACUUCGAUAGUGAAAACAUCUCAAAGAAAAUGCAAAAUGUUGAGCAGCACUUUGCGGAACUCCAAAGCCUACAGGAGAAACGAGCCAAGCGUCUGGAAGAGAGCAGGAAGCUGUUUGUGUUCCUGCGAGAGAGUGACGAGGUGGGUGAGUGGCUCAACGAUCAGAUGGCGGUGGCGGCCAGUGAGGACUACGGCCGCGAUGUCGAGCACGUGGAGAUCCUCAUCCAGAAGUUUGACACGUUCCUGACCAUCCUUGCAUCAAAUGAAGAGAAGCUGAUCACUGUGAAGGCCAAGGCAAAGACGCUGCUGGACGACGGACACCCAGAGCCAAUCAGGAUCCAGAAUAAGGUUGAAGAGUUGCAGCAGCUGUGGGAGGACCUUCGAGAGCUGUCCAACGCCCGGCAGGAGGCUCUGGCCGGUGCUAAGCAGGUCCACGUGUUUGACCGCAACGCUGACGAAACAAUCAGCUGGAUAUCCGAGAAAGACGCCUUCAUCUCAUCCGAGGACUAUGGCCACGACCUUGAGACCAUCCAGGGCCUGGCUCGCAAACACCAAGGCUUUGAGAGGGACUUGGCGGCAGUGAAGGAGCAGGUGGAGUCUGUAGUGGAGGAAGCCAAGCGCCUCGCCGAGCUCUUCCCUGAUGCACGGGAGCACAUCUCAGUAAAGCACGAGGAGACAGUUGAGGCUUGGAAUGACCUCCUCGACAAGUCUGCCCAGCGCAAGGACAAACUCUACCAGGCGGAGAAACUGCAGUCCUACUUUGAUGACUAUCGGGAGCUCAUGGCAUGGCUGAGCGAAAUACUGGCGAAAAUAACUGCGCCGGAGUUGCCAAAAGAUGUCCCCGGGGCCGAGGCAGUGAUCUCCCGGCACAAGGAGUACAAGACCGAGAUUGACGCACGAUCGGAUGCCUUUGACAAGUUUUCUGCUGCUGGCAAUGCGCUUAUCGACCAGGGACACUUCAUGGCUGAGGAGAUCGCAGAGAAGAUCGCUGUGCUGGAGUCACGGCGGAGGUUCCUUCUGGAGACCUGGAACACGAGGGAUGAAACUUACGCCCGUGUCCUUGAUUUGAGGCAAUACAUGCGAGACGUUCAGGUGUUUGAAACUUGGAUUGAGUCCCGCGAGGCAGUGGUGAAGGACGACGAGAUGGGCGAAUCCAUCCCUGAGGUGGAGGAGCUGAUCCGCCGCCACGACGACUUCCUCAAGGCCAUCGAUGCACAGGCAGACAAGCUCGACCCCAUCAAGAGGAUCACAAUGAUUGAAGGAGACUUCCAGCUCCAGAAGAGGCGAGAGGAGACGGCCAAGAAAGCAGAAGUUGCCAGGAAGGAGCAGGAGCGCAUGGAGAACAUGAAACGAAAGGAGGUCCAGCGCAUCACUGACGAGAGACGGCGGGAGGACGAGCGUCGCCGCACCCAGGAGAUCAAGUUCACCAAGGAAGACAUGGAGCGAGUGCGCCUCAACAUGAACGGAGACUACUCCAAGGCCUCGCCCUCCGCACGGGAUUUCGACUCCUCAUCCAGUUCCAGCUCUGAGGCAGAUGAGACAGCCAGCACUCCUGAGGGUCACCCAAGGUACCGGAAACGUUCAAGCUCUGUGGGAGAGGUUCUCAUAAGGAAAAACCUGGAAGUUCCCGACAGCGGCGCCCUCUACCGCUCAGGCUCACAGACCAGCCUGAGUAGCUUAAAGAGAGACAUCAAGAGAGCGGAAAGCAUGAAAGUGGACAAGAAAGCCAAGCGCACACCCAGCUUCACCACACGCCGCCGAACACAGAGCUUCCGCAAACACAAGCGAAUGGAGAACAUGGCAAACCUUCCUCCGGUGGAGAUCCAGGGCUACCUGGAGCGCAAGCAAGAACUUCAGAGUGGUGGCAAAAAGGCAACCAUCAGGUCUUGGAAGGGCUUCUACACUGUCCUCUGUGGCCAGUUGCUGUGCUUCUUCAAGGAUGAGGAUGACUUUUAUGAUCAGAAGGCUGCCUCCCCGCCCAUCAGCAUCCAUCAAGCGAAAGUUGAAGUUGCUGGUGACUAUACGAAGAAGAAACACGUCUUCAGAAUAAUCACGAGGGACAAUGCUGAGUACCUUCUCCUGGCUGAGUCAGAGGAGAGCCUGAAGGAGUGGGUCACAAAACUUGGGUUCCAUGCUGAGCUGCCUCCCUCCAUGCAACUCAUGUCCUAUGAUAACCACAAGGAAGGGGAGGUGGGCAGCGAAAUGGUGGCAGUUCCUUCCCGUGACUCAGACAACUCCUCGGGUCACUCUACGCCUGAAGUCCGUCACCGAGGGGCAGUCAGCUCCCACCCUAAAGGCGCUGGAGGGGGCUUAGACCCAACCAGGCCACAUUCUCAGGCCCUUGACAAUCCCCUCUAUGCCAAUUUGGAGCAUAUGCAAGACAAGGCCAAGCCACCUGUGCCACCACGAGGAGGCUCCACUAGUAACCGAUCCUCCCGUUCUUCCGUGGGUGAGGAAGGACCCAUCUACCAGAACCGCAUCUCUGUUGUUCCAUCCUACGAAGUAAGUGCUCCAGAGAAUGCAUAUCAGAACUACCCACCUGACAGACCCAACGGCCACCGCAGGGAGUCCUCCGAGAACAUGAAUGGAGAGGACUUACCCCCACUGCCUAGAUCAGCCCCACCACUUGCCAUGGCCCGACCCCCAGUGCCACCCAACCGGGCCAGGUACGGCGACCAGUCCUGGGUGGGUAUGCCGCAUCACCCUGGCAUGCCACACCCUGGGGCAGCUGCUCCCCCCUACAGGCCACAGAUGGGGCACAUGGUAGGCCACCACCACCAGGUAGCCCAGCACUCCACAGGCCAAGUGGCUCACUUCUCGCAGGUGUCACGUGUGUCUCACCACCAGUACCCGUACACGCCACAGGGUUCCACCCACCACCCAGACCUAACUGAUGGAGUUCCUGGCAGCAGACAGCCGUACUCUGAGUACUCCUCCCGCUCCAUGUCACUGCCCCAGGGUAGCAGCCUCCCGCCCUCUGGUGUGUCAGUGCACACCAGUGGUGGACCCACCCCUGCCCACCGCAACUCUGCCACCAUUGACCGUCAAGGCCUUAGCGAGAGCUCCUCUGAGGGAGAUGUACCUGUGUCAGCCAACAAAAAAGAAAAAGAGAAGAAAGGCUCUGUUUUCAAAUUCUUUGGGCGAAGAAAGGGUGCCCAAGUUUAGUUGUUCAUUCACCAAAUAUCUAUUUUUGUUAAGGAAAUUAUCAAAUAGCUAACCUAACUGAAGUCUGUGCCACAUAAGUAUAUACAUAUGAAAAAUAGGCUGUAAUUAUGGCUUCCCAUAGUAGGAAUAAUUCAUUACCUUGCCUGUCAAACACAUUAUGUAUAGACAAGUACCUGGAUGGCUGAACACCCAUGGGUGCACACACCCGUGACUGGUAGUGCACAGUGUGGCUGAGGUUCAGUGUGGUCAGUCUGCAGACCAUUAUCAGGCUGUGUUGCAGGGGGGUAUUCAGUUUCAUUAUUCUGUAUGUAACACAACAUUUCUUGUGUGACUCAUGCUUGCUAUCACACCUUCACAUACCAUGUGGUUAUGUGUUCUGUAUUUUCCAAGUGCCUUCAUCUCCGGGCCAAAGUUAGGAAAAAAUGGUUUGAAUAUUUAAAUGCCUCUUGUAAGACUAUCAGAAUGAAUAACUUUUCAUACUUUACUUCUUAGCCUGUAAAUAACUUUAUAAAUAUUGUUUAAAUCAAAUUAUUUUGUUGAGCGAAGGAAGAGUGUAUGUGGAAAUGGUAUUAUGUGCUGCAAAAAAAUUAAUAUUGAUAAUAUAACUGAUUUAA